AUGGCAACUGGAGUUGCCAAAUCACCGUGCGUACAUGUGAAGGACCCUGGCCAAUCUGAUGAUACUAUUGAACUACUAAAGAUAACACCAAUAUCUUCAUAUUUAAAUGUCAGUCUUCAAUCAAUUGGUGAUCGAACGAUUAGUUUAUUUUCUCGUAGUUUUAAUUUUCUUCAACAAUCAUCUUCAUCACCAGUAUGUCCACAAGAAAAAAAUCGUUAUGAUUUAUCAUUAACUAAUGGAAAUGAUUAUGAAUAUAAUAGUAGUUUACAAUCAGGUGUAUAUCGAAAUCAAUCACGUCGUAAAUAUCAAACAUCAUCAUUAAGAAAUCCAUAUCGACGAUCAAGUACAAAUUUUCCUGUUCGUGGACAUGAAGCUAUGUUUUUACCAGAAUUUUCAAUUAAAGGAAAAGUUACUGAAGCAGAUUUUGAUGUAAUUGAUAUUAUUGCACGAGGUGCAUUUGGAAAUGUAAUAAAAGUUUGUUCAAUACAUGAUAAACAAAUUUAUGCAAUGAAAAUUAUGAGUAAAUCACAAAUUGUUAAAGAUAAUGCUGUUCAACAAGUCAAAGACGAAGUAACAAUAGCACAAUCUUGUCUUUCUCAUCCAUUUAUUGUUCAUACAUAUUAUUAUUGGCAAUCACGUCGUUAUUUAUAUAUUAUAACUGAUUAUGUUGGAAAUGGUGAAUUAUUAUCAUUAUGGUUACGUAUACGUCGUUUUCCUGAAAUAAUUGUUAAAAUUUAUAUAGCACAAGUAGCUAUGGUACUUGAUUAUUUACAUAAUAAAGGUAUUAUAUAUCGAGAUGUCAAAAUGGAAAAUAUUCUGCUGGAUGAAAAAGGAAAUAUUCAAAUAAUUGAUUUUGGUUUAUCCAAAUGGCUUUCAUUAGGUCAACGAACAACAACAAUAUGUGGAACAUUACAAUAUAUUGCACCUGAAGUACUUAGUGUUCGACCAUAUGAUCAUCGUGUUGAUUGGUGGAGUUUAGGUAUAUUAAUGUAUGCAUGUUUAUUUGGUGAAUAUCCUGUCUCAGCAACAAAAGAUCAUUUAUCCAUGGCAAAUAAAGUAUUAAAUCAUAAAUUUAAUUUACCAUUAAAUGAACUUGAAAAUAAAACAGAUGUUAAAGAAUUACUCUAUAAUUUAUUAGAAAAAAAUCCCAAUCAACGUUUAUGUUCAUUAGAUGAAUUACGUCAAACAUCAUUUAUGUCAAAUAUUAAUUUUGAUCGUGUUUAUUCUAAAUCAUAUUCUCCUUUAUUAAUAUUAAUGAACGCAAGACUUGAAUGGCAUGAUGAGCUUAAAAAACAUUAUUGUUAUUGUAAACAAGCAAGAAUAAAUACAAAUGGAAAUAUGUAUUAUUCAUCGCCACCAUGUCAAAACAAAAAUCAAUAUGAGAAUAUUGAUACUCACCUGUUUUCAGAAUGA